AUGGACCAGCAGGUCAUCUCCAAUUUAAAAAAACUUUACACAAGGAAGCUUUUCUGGCGAUGCUUUGAGAUGACAGAGCGCUCAAGCCUCACCCUCCAUGAAUUUUGGAGUGAGCAUUUUGACAUUGUGAGCUGUCUGCAGAUUAUCACCAUUGCCUGGGCCGGGGUCAGACAGACAAACCUAAAUUCUGCUUGGCGCAACCUGUGGCCAGACUGUGUUGUGAAACCUGCUUCCAGUGCUUCUGCACCUGCACCAGAGUCAACAGUGUUGGAGGAAAUUGUUUCCUUGGGGAGGACCAUGGGCCUGGAGGUGAAUGAGGAGGAUGUCUACGAGCUGUUGGAGGAACCCGACCAUGACCUAACCACCGAGGAGCUGGUGGAAUUGCAGAAGGAGGCGAUGGAGGAGCAGACCGCAUUUGAGGAGGAGGAGGAAAUGUGGAGAACAGCUCUCUUCCACGGAACUCAAGGAGGCAUGCCAAAUGUGAGUAAACCUACAGACUUUUGUACAGCAGCACCACCCAGAUAA